ACUGUCAAUGCGAAAACUCGAGCUUUCAAAUACAUUCAUUCUCCGGUCCUCACGGCGCAAACCCUCAGCUGGCUGUUUUUAGCUUGCUAGCGGCAUCUGGAAUCUUUUCACUGUGUUAGCUAUCUAUGCAUUUUUAAAAUGCUGUUGUCGCUAUCAGGUCGAUGGCUAACUGGCUAGCAUAACAGCUAGCUAACGUUCAGCACUGGUUCGUCACCGACCGGCGAAAAAGGAACCGAAUAAAACUAUGGAUUAACAGUAUAACGGUACUUGAGUGCCCUGCUCAGACUAAACAAUACGAGACAGAUAUAUCGAAAGAAGCAGAUAAUUGUUAAAGAUAUUCCGUUAAUUCAUUGGUCGUUGGCACCACAGUCGUUCCCACCAUGGUGCAGAAGUAUCAGUCACCCAUCAGGGUGUACAAGCAUCCCUUUGAGCUGGUGAUGGAGGCCUACGAGAGGCGAUUCCCCACGUGUCACCUGAUUCCCAUGUUUGUGGACAGCGAGGUGUUGGAGGAAACUGAGAGCGAGGACGGAUCCAUACACCAGGUCCAGCGCCGUUGCAAACUGGACGUGGACGCCCCUCGUCUCCUCAAGCGGAUUGCGGGGGUGGACUAUGUGUACUUCAGCCAGGAGAACACGCUGAACAAGAGAGAGAGGACGCUCCGCAUCGAGUCCCACAACGAGACCUUCUCCAACAGAGUCAUCAUCCACGAACUCUGCAGCUACUCGGCCCACCCUGAGAAUGAGGACUGGACGUGUUUCGAGCAGUCGGCCAGCCUGGACAUCAAGUCGUUCUUCGGCUUCGAGAGCACGGUGGAGAAGAUAGCCAUGAAGCAGUACGCCAGCAGUAUCAAGAAGGGUAAGGAGAUCAUAGAGUUCUACCUAAACCAGCUAGAGGAAGAGGGGAUAAGCCACGUGCCCCGCUGGACUCCCUCCCUGGAUGCUCCCUCCUCCUCCUCCGUCACCAUCAAACCUGUCUGUGCCACCCCAACGCUCCUCCAGCUGGAGCUGCCUGUCACGCCCGCCGUCUCAAUCCCCGUGUCCACGGAUGCCAAUGACCGUGAGAUUGCCAAUGCCAGCAAUAAUGAUGCCACCCAAAGUGAUGCCACCAGCAACGAUGCCACUAACCAACCUGACGACCAGACGGAGAAUCAGACGGGCACGCCUGAUGACAAGUUGGAUGCAGACUACAUCAAGCGCUACUUGGGAGACCUGACGCCUCUGCAGGAGAGCUGUCUGAUCAGACUACGACAGUGGCUGCAGGAGAGCCACAAGGGCAAGACCCUUACCCUCACUCCCUCCUCUCCCUCCUCGCCACCUUUCCAGAUCCCUAAGGACGAGCACAUCCUUCGUUUCCUGCGGGCCAGGGACUUUAACAUGGAGAAGGCCAGGGAGAUCCUGUGUCAGUCCUUAACAUGGAGGAAACAGCACCAGGUGGACUAUCUGUUAGAGACGUGGACCUCGCCACAGGUCCUCAAUGACUACUACACUGGAGGGUGGCACCACCAUGAUAAAGAGGGUCGUCCUCUCUAUAUCCUGCGUCUGGGACAGAUGGACACCAAGGGGCUGGUCCGGGCCCUGGGGGAGGAGUCUCUACUCAGACACGUUCUAUCCAUAAACGAGGAGGGCCUCAGGCGCUGUGAGGAGAACACCAAAGUCUUUGGCCGACCAAUCAGUUGUUGGACGUGUCUGGUGGACCUCGAAGGGUUAAACAUGCGCCACCUGUGGCGACCGGGGGUUAAGGCCCUUCUGAGAAUCAUUGAGGUGGUGGAGGCCAACUACCCAGAGACCCUGGGACGUCUGCUCAUACUGAGGGCUCCUAGAGUCUUCCCUGUGCUCUGGACCCUGGUGAGCCCGUUCAUCGACGAGAACACCCGUAAGAAGUUCCUGAUCUACGCUGGUAAUGACUACCAGGGCCCCGGCGGCCUGCUGGACUACAUAGAUAAGGAGGUCAUCCCUGACUUCCUGGGAGGAGAGUGUAUGUGUGAAGUCCCAGAGGGAGGCCUGGUUCCCAAAUCUCUGUACCGUACCGCAGAGGAGCUGGAGAACGAAGACAUCAGCCUGUGGACAGAGACUAUCUACCAGAGUGCCAGCGUCUUCAAGGGAGCGCCCCACGAGGUGGUGCUCGAGAUCAUCGACGCCGCCUCCGUGAUCACCUGGGACUUUGACGUGUGUAAGGGCGACGUGGUCUUCCACCUCUACCACUCUAAGCGUGCCCCCCAACCCCCCCGCAAGGACCCCCUAGUGGGGCAACACAGCAGCGUCACCACCCCCGGGGGGAACAACGUCCAGCUCAUAGACAAGUCCUGGACCUUAGGCCUGGACUACAGCAUGGUGGAGUCACCACUCACCUGCAAGGAGGGGGAGAGCGUGCAGGGUUCCCACGUGACCAGGUGGCCCGGGUUCUACAUCCUGCAGUGGAGGUUCCACACCAUGCCGGGCAGCGCCUCCACCAACCUGCCCCGCGUGGACGACGUCCUCGCCUCCCUGCAGGUCUCCUCACACAAGUGCAAAGUCAUGUACUACACAGAGGUCAUUGGCUCCGAGGACUUCAGAACGGCUUGCUUUGACGUUCAAAGUUUGGGCUCUAUGACCAGUUUGGAGUCAAGCCACAGUGGUUUCUCCCAGCUCAGCCACGCCACCUCUAACCACUCCCAGUCCAGCUCCAUGAUCUCCAGGUAGAGGACUACAACUCUUGCCCAAGGACUACAAUUCGUCCUCUUCUGAACUACAAGUCCCAGCUCUUCCAGCCUUCACAGUCCACACUUUCCGCCCUAACCACCUCAAACCUGUACUACUAUUAGUCAGUCACAAUGUGGAUCUGAAGCAUGCUUGCACAACAGAGGAUAAAGAAAAUGUCGGCAGUUGAGAAACUGAAAACAAAGACUUAUGAUUUAAAGGGCUCCAUUUUUCUUGCAGCAGGCCGUGUAUAUAUCUUCCCAGCUUUCUCCUGGGCUGCUGAACAGAAUGUUGGCAGAACAUUUUCUGCUUGCUGAGACUUUGGUAGGUGUGGGAAGUGUCGCACCCAUGGAGCGCAAUGCCAGAUCAAGCAAUUGUCACACUCAUUUAAGGAGCUGUGGGACUGGAUUAAAAACGGAAUGCGUCGAUACAUAUGUGCAUUAGAACACUUUACGCACAUGCACACUUCCAAGGUGUUGGUGAUACUGUUACAAUAGAACAUGGACACUUUCUAGGUUGAAGAAACAGGAAACGCUGUUACCUGCAGACAAACAUGCUCAAACAUAGGAAGACACACAAACACAUACUGUAUCGACACAAACCAUAAACACACCUGCAAUGACAUGCAAAAAUACACAGUAUUUGCCAUAUCACCAGUGGGGUUUGUCUCUACCUGGUGAAUUGUUUAUAGGUCAAGAUUGGGGUAAAGCCGUAGCGAGGUAUCGUUUAGAAGCAAUAAGCAGAGUUCGAAUUUUUACUAUUGACAUAAUUACAUUUCUAUUUAUCAUAAAAAUGUGUGUAUGGAGGUUUGUCCUCAUGGGUGCUAUGUGCAAUGUAUAGGUGACCUUCCAGUUCCUGGGUGACUAGAUGGACGGACAGACAGGCACAUUUUAAUUUAGCUAAACUUUCAUUUGGAGAAAUAGCCAAAAGAAAUUGCCAGAGGUUAUUUUGGAAAUUGGAAUUCACAAAUGGAAUUUGAAUGAACACAUUUUGAAUGUGUUCGCAAAUUAAUCUACACGUCUCUUUUUGGCACGAGACACUUAACCAGUGAUUCCUUUUAAAUUCUUGAAUUUCAAUUACUCGGACUUGAAUUUGAAUGGAUUCCGCCCCAAAAUGAGUGUUUCCCGUCUCUCCCUGACUGCAGGAAUGAACCUGACCCGUAGCUAGGUGUGGUGUGCUUUUGCUAGCCAAUGGAAUGUCCCGAACUGUCAGGGUCACAGGUUGAAUAGGUCAAAUUGCUAUUCUUUUUUAAAGGUGUGGAUAUAGAGGGAGGAAGUGAAUGUUUUUUUGUGGUGAAAGCUUAAUCAUUUGCUACUGCUCCAUUCAUAGAAAUGUAUUAAUGCGUACAUGUACUUGGGCUAGUUGGAUUGUGUUUUCAGUAAGAGUGAAAUGUCUUGCUGCAUGCUCAUAUGGGGAUAUGGUUGAUUGAUGAUUUUAGUUUAGGAGUUACCAUAGUAACUACUCAUGAGCCAUUUGUUAGGACCAUUUUAGCCUUUGUAACUAACCAUGUAUAUAAGAAAUAUAUCUGCUUGGUUAGGGGACACCCCCUUUGCCUCGACUGAGGGAAGUGGACGAAAUUGACGAUGUUUCCAUUGUAAUGCAACGUACCCAUGCAAAUAAUGUUCUGUACAGCCAGCUUGUGCUUCUAAAGCACCAAAGACCAGCCAACAAAAAAAACUCUGUUCCAUCUUCUAGUUUCAAUGUUUGUUUUUUUGUCACGCUAGUUUGGAGUGUUUUAGGGGCUGUUUUGUGAGCUUCAAGCUCACGGAAGAGAUAUUCAACUUUUCUACUGACUGUAGGGCUGUUUCAAAGGUUCGGUAAGCUUUUGCCUUGCAUUACAAGCUGAGGCUCUCUCAAGACAAGUAAGCCCAUCCAGCCUGGUCAGUGCCACCAUGCUGCUGCUUGACGUUAGAGGGCCAAAGACGUGUUUGUUGAUGGGCGUCGGAUCUCACUCCCAAGGAUUAUCGGCCAAUCAGGACCCGUCUGUUUUUAACAACUUUUUGAGAUGCUACUUUUUUUUAAAGAUGAUAACAAAACCCCAAAAGGUCAAAAUGAAUCGUUUAAUGUCUAACUGGAAUAACGUGAAGUGCUUUGCUCACUGAGGAAAGGAUCCGCUCAAAACGAGGGCUGUUCAGAAUGAACUAAUUUAUUAAGUUUUAGUGAUUGAAUGGAAUAAUGAAUAACUGUAAAUGUCUGUAAGGGUGUCACCCAUGUCAGGUCUGAGGAUGUGUAGUUGUACGUGACUUAUUUUCUUCUGUACUAAUUUUAACCUUGAAGCAUGUCUAGAGAUAGACUAGGAUGGUAUCCUACUUUCGGGCUCUUUAUCAAAGGAAACUCAUAAUGUCCACAAUGCGUAACAUAAUAUCAACACAAUGUGUAACGUGCUCAACGGUUCACCAAGCUGUAGAGGUUCCAGUCCUGAAUUGGUCUUUGUUCCCUCUCACAGUCCUGUCGUGUUCAAUGUUAGUUUUUCCUCAGCAGAGUUGGAACAGCGCUUUAGAAGUGUCUCACUGUGUUUUAAACCAGAGACCGAUUUCUUCAGUUUACCUUUCAGUUUCAUCAGCUGACCUCAACAUGGGGUCACUGCCACGACUGAAAUGUGUCUGCUAUGUAACCCGCUUUGCUCUACUUCUGUCAACCUACACUUCUACUUAUCUCAUUUACAUAUGAGGGCUAUUUCUGUCUUGUUUGUCUGUGUCACCAACCAUAUCCUGAUUUCUCCAUUUCUCAUCUAGCCUCCCUUCCUAUAAGACAAUGAUAACGUUGCAUAUCUUUAUUUCCCUUGAAAUUCAUAAUGUUUAAAGAAAGAACUUUGAAUUCAUAUAAAAUAGCGCCUUUACAAUUUUUCAAACCAUUAAACUUGAAUUAUGAGAAUUAAAA